GUGCUGUGACACCCACUGCUCACCCUCUCUUCUCGUAGCACGACACAACAACGGCGAGCUGAUCCAGCCAGCCACCGGCCGCCGUGGCAAAUGGCGUUGUCCAGGGCGCAGACGAACUCCGGCGAGUCGCUCAUCUCCUCCACCUUCGCGUCGCGCUACGUGCGCACCGCGCUCCCGAGGUUCAGGAUACCGGAGCAGUCCAUCCCCAAGGACGCGGCGUACCAGAUCAUCAACGACGAGCUGAUGCUGGACGGGAACCCGCGUCUGAACCUCGCCUCCUUCGUCACCACCUGGAUGGAGCCCGAGUGCGACAAGCUCAUCCAGAAUUCCGUCAACAAGAACUACGUCGACAUGGACGAGUACCCCGUCACCACCGAGUUCCAGAACCGGUGCGUCAACAUGAUCGCGCAUCUCUUCAACGCGCCCAUCGGGGAGGACGAGACGGCCGUCGGGGUGGGCACCGUCGGCUCCUCGGAGGCCAUCAUGCUGGCCGGGCUGGCCUUCAAGAGGAAGUGGCAGAACAAGAUGAAGGCCGAGGGCAAGCCCCACGACAAGCCCAACAUCGUCACCGGCGCAAAUGUCCAGGUGUGUUGGGAGAAAUUCGCGCGCUACUUCGAGGUUGAGCUCAAGGAGGUGAAGCUCAGGGAAGGGUACUACGUCAUGGACCCCGCGAAGGCCGUAGAGUUGGUCGACGAGAACACCAUCUGCGUCGCCGCCAUCCUCGGCUCCACACUCAACGGCGAGUUCGAGGACGUCAAGAUGCUCAACGACCUCCUCGUCGCCAAGAAUGCAGAGACAGGGUGGGACACGCCGAUUCACGUGGACGCGGCCAGCGGCGGGUUCAUCGCGCCCUUCAUCUACCCGGAGCUGGAGUGGGACUUCCGGCUGCCGCUGGUGAAGAGCAUCAACGUCAGCGGCCACAAGUACGGCCUCGUCUAUGCCGGCGUCGGGUGGAUCAUUUGGAGGAACAAGGAGGACCUGCCCGACGAGCUCAUCUUCCACAUCAACUACCUCGGCGCCGACCAACCAACCUUCACGCUCAACUUCUCCAAAGGUUCGAGCCAGAUCAUUGCACAGUAUUAUCAACUCAUCCGUCUCGGAUUCGAGGGCUACAAGGACAUCAUGCAAAAUUGCCGGGACAACGCAGCGGUGCUCCGGGAGGGAGUCGAGAAGAUGGGCUACUUUCACCUGGUGUCCAAGGACUCGGGCGUGCCGCUCGUGGCUUUCUCCCUCAAGGACUCGUCCAAGUACACGGUGUUCGAGGUGGUCGAGAGCCUGCGCCGUUUCGGCUGGAUUGUUCCGGCAUACACCAUGCCCGCCGAUGCCGAGCACAUCGCCGUCAUGCGUGUGGUCAUCCGCGAGGACUUCAGCCGCGGUCUCGCCGAGCGCCUCAUCACCGACCUCCACAAGGUCAUGGUGGAGAUGGACGCGCACGCCAAGAAGCAUGGGCAUCACGAGCAUGUGAAGAAGACAGCACACCAAAUCGAGAAGGAGGUGACCACCUACUGGCGGACCUUCGUUGCGAGGAAGAAGCACAGCCUGGUUUGCUGAUUGCAGUUUUCGGGCUUAACGUGGAGGAAUAAUUCUUGGCCAUACCGAGUUCUUCUUCGGCAUGUGUUGGCUCAUUUCUUGUUCUUUUUUAGUAGUUUCUUCGAGUAAGUGUUCGUUUUAAGUUUAGCACUCGUUUUGUGUGCUUAGUUAUGUAUGUUCCCACUGAGCUGGCCUGGGCUGACCUCAUAUGGUGCAUUCUGCCUUGGUUUGCUUGGCUACACUCUCGUUCUUUAUGUUUUAUGGGUUAUAAACAACGCUUCUAAGUGCUCUGCGAUCCGGAGUUAGGGUUUGAGGG